CUUUAGAUAUACUUAGGUACAUAGAAGAGCUCCAAAACGCCAUCGUGAAUCGAACGUUUUAUAACUUUUAAUGUUAGUUCUAGAGUUGCUAAUAGAAAAAGGCGGCAAUUAAUCAGUCUAGAUGCUCCAGGAAGGAGGAAUUGAACUUUUGAAAUAGUCGAAAAUCGAAGCAAUGGCGAGCAUCUUCGAGCUCCCAGACGACCUCCUUGCAACUCUCGUCGAGAGCUUCCCAUGCCGCGACGCCCAAAUCCGAGCUCUUGCGACAUUGCUCUACCCUAGGGCUGCCCCAUGCCGCAAUCUGAUAGUUCACGGCACCGAGGCCACCGGUAAAAGCGCCGUCACCGCCCGGCUACUCGAGGCCUUAUCCUCACCUCGUGCCGACACCGAUGAUUCGCUUCUCAACUACGCCAUUGUUAAGUCCGCCGAGUGCGUGACGGCGCGACACCUUUUCGAGAGGACCGUCGGAUCGGUGGCGGACGCCCUGCAAUCAGAUGGGGGUGGUGUGGUCGGACGCUGUGAGACGCUUGCCGCGCUCACGGUCGAGCUGACCAAGAUGCUCAAGUACGACCCGCGUCAUGACGUGAAUUGGAGGUUUGUGCUAGUCUUCGACGGUAUCGAUCGCCAGCGAGACGCGCCGCCCACACUCUUACCCGCUCUUGCUAGGUUAUCCGAGCUUGUACGUGACUGCCAUACAUACAGUCCGCCUAUUGUUGUAAUCCGUAUCCUAACAUACACGGCCCUCCAGAUUCCCAACCUAACAACGGUAUUCAUCCUCACCGCCCCAUCGCCCUCUCUCCUCCGCAUAUCCUCGACUCCACAGCUAUACUUCCCACCGUACACGAAACCGGAGUACGUAACGAUCCUCUCGCGGCCGCCGUACACGCCCCCGUCGCUCCCGAACACCACAGCCCAGGAAACGAUAGACCUAUGGACGCGCUUCGUAGCAGCCGUCCACGACGCCCUCUCGAAACCCGCAUCCCGCACGCUCCCAGGCCUCGCGCGGUCCUGCGCGGCGCUAUGGCCGCGCUUCACGGCCCCCGUGGCCGCAGGCACGUACCGCGCGCGCGAGUUCACGAAGCUGCUCGUCGCCGCGCGCGCCUACUUCCAGGACGAAUCCGUGCUCGAGCCGGGCAUAACCCUCGCCUCUACCUCUACCUUCACAUCCACAUCCACAUCCGCCUCCCUCUCCAACACGGCGAAGCCGCCGUCGUCAUCGACCACAAAUAGUAGCAGCAGCGCAGCAACAAAGACCGCAGAAAAAGAAUGGAGCAAAAGCACAAAAGACCUAGCAACCCUGCUCCCGCCCACAGCGCGCCUCCUCCUCGUCGCCGCGUACCUAGCCUCGCACAACGCGCCGCGCCACGACCAGACGAUCUUCAGCACAUGGCACUCGGGGCGACGGCGUCGCGGCGGCGGUAGUCUAGGCCAGCACACGCGCGCCACGAAGAAGACCAAGCACCGCAAGAUCGCGCGCAAGCUGCUCGGGCCCAGCGCUUUUGUGCUGGAGCGCAUGGUCGCCAUAUACGCGGCGACGAGGCGCGAGUGGGUCCGCGACGCCGAGUACGAGGACCACCACCAGGUCGGCGUCGGCGUCGACGGGGACGUGGGCAUGGCGAUUGCGACGCUGGCUAGUUUGAGACUGCUGGUCAGGGUUGGGGGCGCCGGGGGCGGGGAUACGAUGGAUAGGGGGGGCAAGUGGAGGGUGGGCGUUGGGUGGGAGGUUAUCAGGGGCGUGGGGCGGAGUAUGGGGGUUGAGGUUGAGGAGUGGCUUGUUGAAUAGUAGGAUAUGAGUGAGACGUUGAAGAUAGGGGGAGAGGAAUAUGUGAUAUCGAAUGCGUUAGCAGCUCACAUAUAUACAGCAUGUAAUACAAUACCCAACGAAUAUUUGGCUCCAAGAGAAUAAUAAUUUUUUCUUGUCUAUUUUGUCUAUAGGACGGCACCACGACUCGUUAAAGAGAACCACCUCGAACAUAUUGCCACUCGCAUACCCCGUUUUACCUCGCUAAACCUGCCAUGCU